GGGCAAUACAGAUCAGGUAAAUUAGGAAAAAUUCGACUUACUUUUUCUUACGUUUCCCAAACAACUCGGCCUAACCAACGUUCCUUGAGCAACGAGAGAGAUGGCGGAUUUUCAAUUCAGCUUGGAUCAGCUGUUUCGUCAGCCUGUGAUCAAGAUUACAAAUGAUCUGCUGCCCAUGGGCACGGUACUGGGCCGGAACCAGCACUGCAAAGUGAUCGCACAGGUCAGCGAGAUAUUGAACGUCAUGGGGGUGUUGUCGGCUCAUGCCCAGGAUUUGCGGUCUCCGGUGACCACAGCGGGACGGGUGCGCGAGGCCCCCAAUCAGUAUGUAUACUUGUUGGCCAAUGUGAGGAGAGGACGUCGCGGCCAGGUGUGUGGUAUGCUGAAGGUUGGACUGAAGCAGCUGUUCCUGUUCGAUGUCAAUGGCGCUAUGCGGAAUGUGUCGCAGGCACCCUCGAUACUCGAUUUCUAUGUUCAUGAAUCCUGCCAGCGUACUGGUCAGGGCAAACGCCUAUUCGAAUAUAUGCUCGCCGAUAUGGGCUGGUCGGCCGUGCAGUGUGCCAUCGAUCGGCCGUCGGGGAAGAUGGCUGGUUUCAUGAACAAGCACUACCAAUUGGAGAGGUCCGUGCCUCAGAGCAACCAUUUUGUGAUCUAUCAGGGAUUCUUUGAAGCCAACCACAUACUCGUGAAUAGCAAACCAGCACAGCGACAGCUUCAACUGCGCAAUGUAAGAAAUGGAGGAGGGGACAGCGAAACUGACGACCAGCAGUUACCCUAUCCCUGGGGCUCCCCGCGGAGACGCAAAUUCUGAGCUCAACGCCAAGCAGCAGAUCUCUAUUGCUCUAAUUGCUGAUCCAGAACAGGGCCAGCUAUAAUACUCUAUCUUCUUCUGUCGAUUACUUCUUGUUUGCUAUUGCAAUUGCUAACAGACAACAACAAGAACAAGACCACACUGGGGGAAUACACAAAAUCUUCACUUUCUACUUCUUCUUCUGUACACACUAUUCACACCAACACACACACACACGGUGCUCUACCUAUUUACAAAUUUUAAGUUAAGAUCAAAUAAAUUGGCUUUCGUUUUUGGUCGCGAA